GUUGGACACAGCCAGCAGCGAUGAGUGAGGAGACAGACCCAGGUCUGCUUAAUGAUCGCUGCUGUACAGUCAUGGAAACUUAAAUACGGGUGUGUUUGCUUGUUAUUUGAACUGCAAGGGGACACUAGAAUGACAUUUUUGACUUAAAUAUGCCAUGAUCCAACCACUGUUUUUGUUGUGUAUUUUCCAUGGAGUGGUAGCGACCCGGAAUGGAUUUUCCACUGCCUUUCCUCACUACCGCUUUUGGAUCGCCACAAGCAGCACCCCCGGCAGUUAACAUUUGUCAGAAAAUCUGAGGCAGAACAUCACUGACAAAAUUCACUUUAUGACAUCCGGCUGAAGAGUUGAACGACAUUCAUCUGACUCAGUCAGACUUUGUUUGUCCACGUUGGGCUACGCCUCAGAAUGGUCUUUACUCCGUACUCCUGCGUGACACUGACAUCAUGAGCAAGAACAUGUGGUCCCUGCAGCUGCAUGCACCUUUGAGGAAAAACAGCUGUUACUGAGCAUCAGAUGCGCCAUGUCCGUUCAUUCUAGGGGAACUGGAGCCCAAAACUUAUUGCAUAGGAUGGGUCUACUACCUGGAGCCCUCUGACUCAGAUGUGGAUGACGGCGCUUCCUGAUGAUGUCAGGUUGGUGGGCGGAGCCAGCCGCUGUGCUGGGAUCCUGGAGAGGAGAGAUGGAGGCGACUGGAGAGCAGUUAACGUCUCUCUGUCUGAAUGGAACCUGACGUCUGCAGAGACGCUGUGCAGACAGCUGAAAUGUGGUUCUGUACUUUCACUGGAACCACCAGAGAACUCCUCCAGGACUGAACCACCGUCAUAUUCUAGAAACCUGCAGCUCAACUGCUCAGACCCUGAUGAAGUCCGGUUGGUGGGAGGAUCCAGCACCUGCUCUGGUAGACUAGAGAUCAAACACCAUGGAGAAUGGAGACCAGGUUUUCCAGGUUACGGGACUCUAAAGGAUGCAGCUGUGAUUUGUAGAAGACUUGGCUGUGGCUCUGCUGUUUCAUCUAAACUGAUAGAGAAAUACUUCAACAGACCUGUGUGGCGGAUCAUCCCUGGUUGUGUAGAGUCUAAAUCUACACUGAAGGAAUGUGUGAGAAUAAAGGAUUGGUCCAGCUCUUAUGUGAUGGAAAUGACCUGCUCAGACUCUGUCAGACUGGUGAACGGGACUGGUCUGUGUUCAGGCAGACUGGAGGUGAAGUCUGACCAGUGCUGGUCCCCAGUGUGUGAGGAGGACUUGGACCUGCAGGGUGCUCAGGUGGUCUGCAGGGAGCUGGGCUGUGGGGCUCCUUCAGUCUUCAAGGGGGGAAUGUUUGGAGAAGUGGAGGCUCCGUUCUGGACUAAGAAGUUCCAGUGUGAAGGCCACGAGUCUGCUCUCCUGGACUGUCCAGACUCAGGGUUGACUGGAAACACCUGUCCACCUGCUACAGCUGUUGGGCUCACCUGCUCAGGUAGAGCUGGAGCUUUGAUUGACUUCCCUUUGUUGUCCCAAUGA